AUGCCCGCGUGCCACAGCCCCGCAGGCGACUCGGCCUCAGAGCGGCUGAAUGGCAGAGGUCCCAGCACGAGACACAAAUCCCCGAGGACGCUGGAGUCCUUCAAGCGGGUCGGCAUCCUCGUCCUGGCCGUGGUGCUCACCCUCGCCUGCCUGGUCGCCAUCGGGUUCCUGGUCAAGGUUUACCUGGAUCACCACUACCUGUUCUGCAAACAGCCCCUGAAGCUGGUGCCGCUGCAGCGGGUGUGUGACGGGCAGGUGGACUGUCUGCAGGGCGAGGAUGAGGCCAACUGUCCCCAGUGGGUCCCUGAGGGGCCACCAGUGGGGGCCCGCGUUUCCAAAGACAGAUCCAUCCUGCAGGUGCUCAACAGGAACACUGGAGCCUGGUCCUGUGUCUGCCACGACCACUUUGACCAGGUGCUGGCCAAGGCAGCCUGUGAGCAGAUGGGCUACAGCAGCACUCCCGCUUUCCAGGGGGUGGAGGUGAGCGCAGGGCAGCCCCUCCCUCCCCGCGAGGUCGUGCUGGACAACGGGAGCCUCCAGGUGCUGGAGCCGGGCAGGAAAUGCCUGUCUGGAUUGGUUGUUUCACUCUUUUGUUCCAACUGCGGGCAGAGCAUCAGGACGCCGCGUGUGCUGGGCGGGAGCCCGGCUGCCAUCGAGGCGUGGCCGUGGCAGGUCAGUCUGCAGUACAGGAGGGAGCACAUCUGCGGGGGCAGCAUCAUCGACCCCCGCUGGGUCCUGACGGCCGCGCACUGCUUCAAGAACAACCCCAUCAUCCAGAGCUGGCGCGUCAGGGCCGGCUCCGACCUCCUCUCCAGCACCGCCACCUCCGCCGUGGAGAAGGUGUUCCUGGCCGAGGUGACACCCACGUCCCCCAGGGAAAACGACAUCGCCCUGGUGAAGCUGCGCUCCCCCCUGCACGUCUCAGACAACACCAAGCCCAUCUGCCUGCCCUAUUUCGACGAGGAGCUGGUGCCCGGCACGCCCCUGUGGGUGAUAGGCUGGGGCUACACAGAGGAGCACGGGAAGCUGUCGGAGCGCCUGCAGCAGGCGGAGGUGGAGCUCAUAGACAAGCAGAGCUGUAACGUGGCCGCCUACCACGGGGAGGUCACCGACAGGAUGCUGUGUGCCGGCCUGCCCCAGGGAGGGGUGGACACCUGCCAGGGGGACAGCGGCGGGCCCCUCCUGUACUCAGGUGGGCAUUGGCAGGUGGUGGGCAUCGUCAGCUGGGGCCAGGGCUGCGGGACCCCCAGCACACCCGGCGUCUACACCAGUGUCCGUGCCUACCUGGGCUGGAUCUACACCGUCCGCAGGUCGGAGCUCUGAGACCUGCCGGAACAGGUCGCUUCUCUCCCCAGGCCUCCCUCCCCAUCCUUUUACCCUUGGCUGUCUCGGCUCCAAGACAUGGAUCUCCAGCCACGGGAGGUGAGCUGAGCCUCCCAAACCCUCGC